UGCCCGGAAGCUCCUGCGCCCGGGCCAGACCGCCUGCGAGCCCGGCACCGGAAGUGAGCUGUUCCGAGGCGCCGCCGGGACCUGCCACGUCCGAGGCCUGGCGCUGCCGCUGCCGCCGUCGCCGCCGCAACCAUGGUGUCAGUAAUUAACACUGUGGAUACUUCCCAUGAGGACAUGAUUCAUGAUGCCCAGAUGGACUACUACGGCACCCGCCUGGCAACCUGCUCAUCAGACAGGUCCGUCAAGAUCUUCGACGUGCGCAACGGAGGGCAGAUCCUCAUCGCCGACCUCAGGGGUCAUGAGGGUCCUGUGUGGCAAGUGGCCUGGGCCCACCCCAUGUAUGGCAAUGUCCUGGCAUCCUGCUCCUAUGACCGCAAAGUCAUUAUCUGGAAAGAGGAAAAUGGCACCUGGGAGAAGACGCAUGAGCACACGGGACACGACUCCUCAGUAAACUCUGUGUGCUGGGCCCCCCAUGACUACGGCCUGAUCCUAGCUUGUGGGAGCUCAGAUGGAGCCAUCUCUCUGCUGACUUACACCGGGUUGGGCCAAUGGGAAGUGAAGAAGAUCAACAAUGCUCACACUAUUGGCUGCAAUGCCGUCAGCUGGGCCCCUGCUGUCGUACCUGGAAGCCUCAUAGACCAGCCAUCUGGGCAGAAGCCCAACUACAUCAAGAAGUUUGCAUCAGGCGGCUGUGACAACCUCAUCAAACUGUGGAAGGAGGAAGAGGACGGCCAGUGGAAGGAAGAGCAGAAGUUGGAAGCACACAGUGACUGGGUUCGAGAUGUGGCCUGGGCCCCCUCCAUCGGCCUGCCCACGAGCACCAUCGCCAGCUGCUCCCAGGAUGGUCGAGUGUUCAUUUGGACCUGUGAUGAUGCCUCAGGCAAUGCGUGGUCCCCCAAACUGCUGCACAAGUUCAAUGAUGUUGUAUGGCAUGUGAGCUGGUCCAUCACAGCCAACAUCCUAGCUGUCUCAGGCGGAGAUAAUAAGGUGACCCUGUGGAAGGAGUCGGUUGACGGGCAGUGGGUGUGCAUCAGUGAUGUCAACAAGGGCCAGGGUUCUGUGUCCACUUCAGUCACAGAGGGUCAGCAGAACGAGCAGUGACAAGACAGGCACAGCCUGUUCUCUACCUGCUGCCUCCAGGACUGCCCCUUCGUGGGCCAACUGACCACACAGCUGGGAGGAAGAACACCCAGCUCCCACAAGAUCACUUUCCUGGGAGUCGUUAAGAAAUGCACCCAGAUUAUCAUCUGCCUUAACGUGAUUUGAUAUGGUUUGUAAUUUACUGUCCACCUGAACACACACUUGUUCUGAGGGAAAAACAACCGUCAGCUCUAUUAUUUUAAGAUAUUGUUGGUCAUUUUUAUGUACCUUUUAGGUUCAGACAUCAUUUGGGGGGGUGGGGAAUUGUUUCCAAAGUAAUUAAAUAAACUUGUAUUGCUUAUAAUUCUUCCUGCAUUUUUCUAACCCCUCCUUACAAAGCUCGUUUUACCUCUUGCUGGUUAGUGUCCUAGAACAGCAUUACCAAGACCCAGGUCCCUAUGGGCCUAGCUGAGUCCUGCCCACAGAGCUGAUCUGUCACUGUGUAAGUCCUUGUGACUCGGUCUAUGCUGAAGGCACCAUACAAAGCUACACCUGGCCUUCAGGGAUGGGACUGCAGCCCCCAGCUCUGCUACUUAUCCUGAGGCUAAUAAAGUCUGCCCUGCACAUACAGUGGAGUAUCAACCAUAUCCCAAGAGUUUACAAGACUGAAGAGGAAAGCAGGCACAAUUCACCUGGUUUUCUGCCGUCAGUGGAAGGAGCAGCUCACCAACACUGAAACAAGGAUCACAUCCAAGGGGAGGCCCUGGGACCCUGAAGUGAAACAGCAGGUCACGGCAGUAGCUGAGACCUGUAUGAGUGGCAUGAACUUGGAGCUUUCACACGUGAAGCAGCACAGCAAACCUGUGUAGGAACAAACCCCUGACUUACUGGUGAGGAAACUGGCAAGAAGGUCAAGAGCUGCCCUGGGCCGUCCACCACCAGGUGCUAAAGCCACCGUUGGCAUCCUGAUCUGUCUCAGCUCAGAACUCUCAAGGCUGGAAUCCGCGACCUGCUGCUGGGGCUCCUCAGCCGUAAUCGGGGAGUGGAGCUCACGCCGGGCCUUUAUGUGCGCACACACCAAUGAAAGGGCAGGCCGCUCACUGCAGGAGGUUCUGUGCACAGCUAAGUGUGGACCCCUCUUCUGCCUGUUCUUUGUCCAUUUUUCAGAAGCAGAAUCCCUGUUGUGAAAUAAAUCUUACAUCAUAACAUAUAAAAUUGGAAAAAGUGCAACUACAUUGGUUCAAGUGAGGACAGAGGGCCUGGCCCACAAGACCUCCCAAGGCAUUCCGCAAAAUCCUAGCCUGCACAGAACAAUAGGAAAAUUGCUGCUCCCUCCCUUCCAUUAUUCAGAUGCGAAAAGAAAGGCCAAGGAAGCACCUUUGCUCGGGCUUCUCAAUGGACACAAAUUACACUGAAUUCUAGUUAGCUCUACGUAUCUGCCUUCCUUAACAAGCUCCGUGCUCCCAAGGGCAGGCCUGGUCCUCCUUACAGUGCCAUAUACAGAUGAUUAAUGAGAAGGGACUGGUCCCAUGUCUCACAGUGGGUUAGUGAUAGCUUAUUGGGCUCCCGGCCAUAGGCUGUGUUUAUAGCUUACACCAUCCCAUCGAAUAAUCUGGAAGUAAAUGAAAUUACCACUGUCAACAGUUUAUGCUUAGGGUGGUAACACGUUAGCCAUUCCUGGGGUAAGGGAGAUACCUCCAAUUUGUUACAACAAAACAGGCCAACCAAGUGCAGUGCCAUGUUGUGUCUGUCUUCAGGGCAGUUGCCAAGCCCAAAUGAGAGGAAUGUAAGGGUAAUUUAAAAGAUACACAGAGAAUUCUAGUUAGGGCAAGAUGGCAGUAGCAGCCACACUGAUUUUCAAUCCUCUCACAAAAGCAAAGCAACUAGGAUAGCAAAAGAAACCCCUGGAUGACAUUAAGGUAGCCCCUCAAACUCUGAAUCAUCAAGGAGCAGGGCCAACCAUUCAUAAGGGGGAGAUUUCCACUUCCACACAGGAAGGAUUCACAGCUCCAAGAGUUUCCCUCAAGCCAUUAACAACUCGAAAAACACAAAAUCCAUGAAACAACUGCUUUCCGAUGUAGGACAACAGGCAGUGUUUGGAGGAAGAGGAAAAAGUGGGUGUGGGAAGGGAGCACCACAAUGGCCGCAGCUUUCUUCCUGGAGGCAGUUCCCAGGAAAGGGCAGGGAAAUCGAAUCCAGAGCGGCCUCACUGAGUUAAAAAGACAGAUGAGAGUUCAGAAAGGCAAAGGUAGCAUUUACAGAGUACUAGAGAAGAGCGAGCUGCUCAGAGACAGCCAGCUCCUCGGAUCUGCAGGAGGGUCUCCUAGACUUUUGACCAAGUACUAACCUGCUUACGGGAAGGGUCAAACUCUCGUGACCAAAGAGCAGUGGGCCAAGCAUUCCUGGAACUCAACAGAGGGCGAGUAGUUCACGUUCCCAAGAACCAGAGUGCAACAGCCUCACGAUACAAAGGGCACUGGGUCGAGUCCUAAGAAAGAUCACGCGUCAAUGGUGUAUCUUCAAUCAGGUCUAGAGUCAAGGCUGCUCUGGACCUUAAAAGCAAGCCUUGAAAGCAUCAAACUGAUCCACCAAUAAUUUCACUCAACGCUCUUUAAAGGAACAACAAGAAAAUUCAGCAUGUGACAGCAUAAAAUUUACAACGUCCACCACCUAAUCCAAGAUUACUGGGCAGGCAAAGAAGCAAGCAAAUGACCCAUAACCAGGAGAGGAAAACAGUGAAUAGCCACAGACUCAGGAGAGAGACCACGGAAUUAGCAGAUGACUACCUGAAAGACAGCUAUUAUAAAUAUGCUCAAGAAUGUAACGCAGGGCUUCCCCGGUGGCGCAGUGGUUGGGAGUCCGCCUGCCGAUGCAGGGGACGCGGGUUCGUGCCCCGGUCCGGGAAGAUCCCACAUGCCGCGGAGCGGCUGGGCCCGUGAGCCAUGGCCGCCGAGCCUGCGCGUCCGGAGCCUGUGCUCCGCAACGGGAGAGGCCACAGCAGUGAGAGGCCCGAGUACCACAAGAAAAAAAAAGAAGAAAAAAAAACGAAUGUAAAGGAUAAUGAACAUAAGAAAAAUGGGAGAUAUAAGAAAGUUGCAAAUGGAGUCUCUAGAAAUGAACAAUUCAAUAUCUGGAGUGAAAAAUACCCUGGAUGGGAGUAAAAGCACAUUAGACACUGACAGGAAACAUCAGUACAUGUGAAGACAGCAAUAGAAACUAUGCAAACUGAAGCACAGGGAGAAAAGCAGACAAAACAAAACAAACACAGGCAACUGUGACUCCAGUAUUAAGUAGUCUAAAAUAUGUGUCAGCUGGAUUCCAAAGGAGACAGAAAACAAUGUUUAGAGAAACAGCCAAAAUUUCUCAGCUGGAUUUGAACUAUAACCCUACAGAUUCUAGGAAAUUAAAGAACCCCAAGCAGAAGAAAAUACACAUACAAUAAUACUACUGAACUUUCUUAAAAAUUAUAUAAGCAGCCAGAAAAAAAAAAGACAUAUUACAUACACAGGAACAAAUAUAAGAAUGACAGCCAACUUCUCAUUAGAAAUUAUACAAAUCAGACUUCCCUGGUGAAGCAGUGCUUAACAAUCUGCCUGCCAGUGCAGGGGACACACAUUCAAGACCUGGUCCACAGAGAUCCCACAGGCCGUGGAACAGCAGAGCCUGUGCGCCACAACUUAUCCUGAGCUCUAGAGCCCAUAAGCCACAACUACUGAAGCCCGCAUGCCCAGAGCCCGUGCUCCGCAACGAGAGAAACCACUGCAAUGAGAAGCCCGUGCACCGCAACAAAGAGUAGCCUCCGCUCGCCACAACUAGACAAAGCCCGCUCGGAGCAAUGAAGACCCAACGCAGCCAAAAAUAAUAAAUAAAAUAAAUAAAUUUAUAUUAAAAAAAAACUGGUUCUAGAACAAAAAAUUUCAGAUAAAACAGACUUUAGAACAAGAAAUACUUAUAAGGGAUAAAAAGGGGCAUAAUAAUAAAAGGGUCAAUUCAUCAAGAAGGCAACAAUCCUAAAGAUGUAUGCACUUAAAAUAGAGCUUCAAAAUAUGUGAAACAAAAACUCACAGAACUGAAGUCAGUUACAAUUCCAGCUGGAGAUCUCAACACUCCUCUUUCAGUAGCAGAAAAAAUAGGACCCUAGAAAACAGUAAAGUUACAGAAUACAUAAACAAACCUAGCAAUCAAUUUGACCUAACAGGCACUCAUAGAACAUUCUACCCAGCAACACUUAAACGCAUUCAAGUACAUCUGGAACACUCAUCGAGACACACUAAUUUCUGGACCUUAAAACAAACUUUAACAAAUCUAACAGAAUUAAAAUUAUCUACAACAUAUUCUCACACUAUAAUGGAAGUAACCUAGAAACCAAUAAUAGAAUACUUGGAAAAUCCUCAAAUAUUUGGAAAUUUAAGCAACACAUCUAAAUUACUCAUGGGUGAAAGAAAAAAAUCACAAUAAAAAUACCUAUAGAGGAAAGGAGGAACAGAAUGAAGGGGACAGGAAUGGAAGAUAAUAGUCUCUGCAGGUACCUUGUCUUAUAGCAUUGACUUGGGAACCACGUAAUGUUUAAUAAUUAACAAGUAAAGGGGAAAAAAAUCCCUAAAAACUGAAAAAACAACUGGAUGGAAUGUUAGGUAUAUAUCAAGCCCAUGGCAUAACCACACAGAGAAAAUAUUUAACUCAUUUGACCGUUUAUUCUAAGACUGCGUUUAGUAGUUUUAUGGUUUGUAGUAAUUGUCGUAGUCUUAUUUUGAAAGUAUUAUGUUGAUACUGUAAGAUACAGCAAGAUAGAGAUAAUUUUGUUAAUGUAAUUAGAAACCAGGAUUUUUAAGAUAAAGAAAGGAAUUUAGAUAUAAAACCCAAGAAGUGAAAAAGCACAGUGACCUUAAGUUUUACUUGGAUAUAACAGUAUUAACUCAUGACCUAUUUUUCUCCAUCUAAAAACUAUGUUUUUAUCAUCUAUGCACUGAGAAGGCCUAGAAGCAAUACUAGUAGUUACCAUCCAGAUUGUGGUCUUUAAAAACUAUUUCCCACUAAAAGAAACCAAAACUUCUUAGAGAAAUGGCAAAUUCGGGUCAGAAUCAGGAAGGACACACAAAAGAUGAGGCCAGGAUUUCUUAAUGAGACAGAAAGGAAGACAACUACUAAAAACGAUAGGGUUGUGUCAAAAGCACACAGGAAUAAACUCAUCAAAUAUGGAAGCAUCAAAACGAAAAUGACUAUAAUGGAUUGGAACACUUAUAUUUUAAGAAAAAAAUCCAUGAGAUUGGUUCAAGAUGGCGGAGUAGUAGGACGUGAGCUCACUCCCUGUUGCGAGAGCACCGGAAUCACAACUAACCGCUGAACGAUCAAGGACAGGUAGACACUGAAACUCACCAAAAAAGAUACCCCACAUCCAAAGACAAAGGAGGAGCCGCAAUGGGACAGGAGGAGGGGCACAAUCACACUACAAUCAAAUCCCGUAACUGCUGGGUGGGUGACUCACAAACUGGAGAACACUUACACCACAGAAGUCCACCCACUGGAGUGAAGGUUCUGAGCCCCACGUCAGGUUUCCCGACCUGGGGGUCCGGCAAUGGGAGGAGGAAUUCCUAGAGAACCAGACGCUGAAGGCUAGCGGGAUUUGAUUGCAGGACUUCGCCAGGACUGGGGGAAACAGAGACUCCACUCUUGGAGGGCACACACAAAGUAGUGUGUGCAUCAGUACGCAGGGGAAGGAGCAGUGACCCCAUAGGAGACUGAACCAGACCUACUGCCUAGUGUUAGAGGGUCUCCUGCAGAGGCAGGGGGUGCGUGUGGCUCACCAUGGGGACAAGGACACUAGCAGCAAAAGUUCUGGGAAGUACUCCUUGGCUUGAGCCCUCCCAGAGUCUGCCAUUAGCCCCACCAAAGAGCUGGAUAGGCUCCAGUGCUGGGUCGCCUCAGGCCAAACAACCAACAGGGAGGGAACCCAGCCCCACCCAUCAGCAGACAAACGGAUUAAACUUUUACUGAGCUCUGCCCACCAGACCAACACCCAGCUCUACCCACCACCAUUCCCUCCCAUCAGGAAGCUUGCACAAGCCUCUUAGAUAGACUCAUCCACCAGAGGGCAGACAGCAGAAACAAGAACUACAGUUCUGUAGCCUGUGGAAGGAAAACCACAUUCACAGAAAGAUAGACAACAUGAAAAGGCAAAGGACUUUGUACCAGAUGAAAGAACAAGAUAAAACCCCAGAAAAACAACUAAAUAAAGUGGAGAUAGGCAACCUUCCAGAAAAAGACUGCAGAAUAAUGAUAGUGAAGAUGAUCCAGGACCUCGGAGGCAAACAUCGAGAAGAUGCAAGAAUUGUUUAACAAAGACUUAGAAGAAUUAAAGAACAAACAAACAGAGAUGAACAAUACAAUAACUGAAAUGAAAAAUACACUAGAAGGAAUCAAUAGCAGAAUAAAUGAGGCAGAAGAACGGAUAAGUGACCUGGAGGACGGAAUGGUGGAAUUCACUUGUGGAACAGAAUAAAGAAAAAAGAAUGAAAAGAAUUGAAGACAGCCUAAGAGACCUUUGGGACAACAUUAAACGCAACAACAUUCGCAUUAUAGGGCUGCUAGAAGGAGAAGAGAGAAAGGACCUGAGAAAAUACUUGAAGAGAUUAUAGUCAAAAACUUCCCUAACAUAGGAAAGGAAAUAGCCACACCAGUCCAGGAAGCACAGAGAGUCCCAGGCAGGACAAACCCAAGGAGAAACAUGCUGAGACACAGAGUAAUCAAACUGACAAAACUUAAAGACAAAGAAAAAUUAUUCAAAGCAGAAAGGGGAAAACGAAAAAUAACAUACAAGGGAACUCCCAUAAGGUUAACAGCAGAAACUCUACAAGCCAGAAGGGAGUGGUACGAUAUAAUUAAAGUGAUGAAAGGGAACAACCUACAACCAACAUUACUCUACCCAGCAAGUAUCUCAUUCAGAUUCGACAGAGAAAUCAAAAGCUUUACAGACCAGCAAAAGCUAAGAGAAUUCAGCACCACCGAACCAGCUCAACAGCAAAUGCUAAAGGCAUUUCUCUAAGUGGGAAACACAAGAGAAGAAAAGGACCUACAAAAACAAACCAACAACAAUUAAGAAAUUGGUCAUGGAAACAUACAUAUCGAUAAUUACCUUAAACGUGAAUGGAUUAAAUGCUCCAACCAAAAGACACAGGCUCACUGAAUGGUUACAAAAAUAAUACCCAUAUAUGCUGCCUACAAGAGACCCACUUCACACCUAGGGACACGUACAGACUGACAGUGAGGGGAUGGAAAAAGAUAUUCCAUGCAAAUGGAAAUCAAAAGAAAGCUGGAGUCGUAAUACUCAUAUCAAAUAAAACAGACUUCAAAAUAAAGAAUCUUACUAGAGACAAGGAAGGACAGUACAUCAUGAUCAAGGGAUCAAUCCAAGAAGUAGAUAUAAUAACUAUAAAUAUAUAUGCACCCAACAUAGGAACACUUCAAUACAUAAGGCAACCGCUAACAGCUAUAAAAGAGGAGAUUGACACUAACACAAUAAUAGUGGGGGACUUUAACACCUCACUUACACCAAUGGACAGAUGAUCCAGACAGAAAAUUAAUAAGGAAACACAAGCUUUAAAUGACACAAAAGACCAGACACAUUUCAUUCAUAUUUAUAGGACAUUCCAUCCAAAAACAGCAGAUUACAUUUCUUCUCAAGUGCACAUGGAACGUUCUCCAGGAUACAUCACAUCUUGGGUCACACAUCAAGCCUUGGUAAAUUUAAGAAAACUGAAAUCAUAUCAAGCAUCUUUUCCGACCUCAACACUAUGAGAUUAGAACUCAAUUACGGGGGAAAAAAACGUAAAAAAAACACAAAUACAUGGAGGCUAAACAAUACGUUACUAAAUAACCAAGAGAUCACUGAAGAAAUCAAAGAGGAAAUCAAAAUAUACCUACAGACAAAUGACAAUGAAAACACAACGAUCCAAAACCUAUGGGAUGCAGCAAAAGCAAUUCGCAGAGGGAAGUUUAUAGCAAUACAAGCCGACCUCAAGAAACAAGAAAAAUCUCAAAUAAACAAUCUAACCCUACAACUAAAGGAACCAGAGAAAGAAGAACAAACAAAACCCAAAGUCAGUAGAAGGAAAGAAAUCAUAAAGACCAGAGCAGAAAUAAAUGACAUAGAAACAAAGAAAACAUUAGCAAAGAUCAAUAAAACUGAAAGCUGGUUCUUUGAGAAGAUAAACAAAAUUGAUACACCUUUAGCCAGACUCCUCAGGGGAAAGAGGGAGAGGACUCAAAUCAAUAAAAUUAGAAAUGAAAAAGGAGAAGUUACAACAGACACCACAGAAAUACAAAGCAUCAUAAGAGACUGCUAUAAGCAACUCUAAGUGAAUAAAAUGGACAACGUGGAAGAAGUGGACAAAUUCUAAGGAAGGUAUAACCUUCCAAGACUGAACCAGGAAGAUACAGAAAAGAUGAACAGACCAGUCACAAGUAAGGAAAUUGAAAGUGUGAUUAAAAAUGUUCCAACAAAAAACGUCCACGACCAGAUGGCUUCACAGGUGAAUUCUAUAAAACAUUUAGAGACGAGCUAACACCCAUCCUUCUCAAACUCUUCCAAAAAAUUGCAGAGGAAGGAACCCUCCCAAACUCAUUCUAUGAGGCCACCAUCAGCCUGAUACCAAAACCAGGCAAACAUACUACAAAAAAAGAAAAUUACAGACCAAUAUCACUCAUGAAUAUAGCUGCAAAAAUCCUCAACAAAAUACUAGCAAACAUAAUCCAACAACACAUUAAAAGGAUCAUACGCCAUGAUCAAGUGGGGUUUGUGCCAGGGAUGUAAGGAUUCUUCAAUAUAUGCAAAUCAAUCAACGUGAUACACCAUAUUAACAAAUUGAAGAAGAAAAACAUAUGAUCAUCUCAAUAGAUGCAGAAAAAGCUGUUGAAAAACUCAACACCCAUUUAUGAUAAAAACUCUCCAGAAAGUGGGCAAAGAGGAAACCGACCUCAACAUAAUCAAGCCCAUCUACGACAAACCCACAGCAAACAUCAUUCUCAAUGGUGAAAAACAGAAAGCAUUUCCUCUAAGAUCAGGAACAAGACAAGGAUGUCCACUCUCACCACUAUUAGUCAGCAUAAUUUUGGAAGCCCUAGCCACGGCAAUCAGGGAAGAAAAAGAAAUAAAAAGAAUACAUAUUGGAAAAGAGGUAAAACUGUGACUGUCUGCAGAUGACGUGAUGCUAUACAUAAUCUUAAAGAUGCCACCAGAAAACUACUAGAGCUAAUCAAUGAAUUUGGUAAAGUUGCAGGAUACAAAAGUAAUGCACAGAAAUCUCUCUCAUUCCUAGACACUAGCAAUGCAAGACCAGAAAGAGAAAUUAAGGAAACAAUCCCAUUCACCACUGCAACAAAAAGAAUAAAAUACCUAGGAAUAAACCUACCUAAGGAGGUAAAAGACCUGUACUCAGAAAACUGUAAGACACUGAUGAAAGAAAUCAAAGAUGACACAAACAGAUGGACAGAUAUACCAUGUCCUUGGAUUGGAAGAAUCAAUACUGUGAAAAUUACUAUACUACCCAAAGCAAUCUACAGAUUCAAUCCAAUCCUUUUCAAAUUACCAGUGGCAUUUUUGUACAGAACUAGAACAAAAACUCUUAAAAUGUGAAUGGAGACACAAAAGACCCUGAAUAGCCAAAGCAAUCUUAAGGGAAGAAAAUGGAGCUGGAGGCAUCAGACUCCCUGAUUUCAGACUAUACUACAAAGCUACAGUAAUCAAGACAAUAUGGUACUGGCACAAAGACAGAAAUAUAGAUCAAUGGAAAUCAUAGAAAACCCAGAGAUAAACCCACGCAGCUAUGGUCAACUAAUCUAUGAUAAACGAGGCAAAGAUAUACAAUGGAGAAAAGACAGUCUCUUCAAUAACUGGUUUGGGAAAACUGCUACAUGUAAAAGAAUGAAAUCAGGGCCUCCUUGGUGGCGCAGUGGUUGGGAGUCCGCCUGCCGAUGCAGGGGACACAGGUUCAUGCCCUGGUCUGGGAGGAUCCCACAUGCCGCGGAGCGGCUGGGCCUGUGAGCCAUGGCCACUGAGCCUGCGCGUCCGGAGCCUGUGCUCCGCAACGGGAGAGGCCACAGCAGUGACAGGCCCGUGUACCACAAAAAAAAAAAAAAAAGAAUGAAAUCAGAACACUCCCUAACACCAUACACAAAAAUAAACUCAAAAUGAAUUACAGACUGAACUGUAAGACCGGACACCAUAAAACUCUUAGAGGAAAACAUAGGAAGAACACUCUUGGACAUAAAUCACAGCAAGAUCUUUUUUGAUCCACCUCCUAGAGUAAUGGAAAUUAAAACAAAAAUGAACAAAUGGGACCUAAUGAAACUUCAAAGCUUUUGCAAAGCAAACAAAACUACAAACAGGACCAAAAGACAACCCUCAGAAUGGGAGAAAAUAUUUGCAAACAAACCAACAGACAAAGGAUUAAUCUCCAAAAUAUAUAAACAGCUCGUGCAGCUCAAUAUUAAAAAAAUAAACAGGGCUUCCCUGGUGGCGCAGUGGUUGAGAGUCCGCCUACCGAUGCAGGGGACACGGGUCCGUGCCCCAGUCCGGGGAGAUCCCACAUGCCACGGAGCGGCUGGGCCCAUGACCCAUGGCCACUGAGCCUACGCGUCCAGAACCUGUGCUCCGCAAUCAAAACCCAAUCACAAAAUGAGCAGACCUAAAUAGACAUUUCUCCAUAGAAGACAUAUAGAUGGCCAAGAAGCACGUGAAAAGGUGCUCAACAUCACUAAUUGUUAGAGAAAUGCAAAUCAAAACUACAAUGAGGUUAUCACCUCACACCAGUUAGAAUGGGCAUCAUCAGACAAUCUGCAAACAACAAAUGCUGGACAGGGUGUGGACAAAAGGGAACCCUCUUGCACUGUUGGUGGGGAUGCAAACUGAUACAGCCACUAUGGAGAACAGUAUGGAGGGUCCUUAGAAAACUAAAACUAGAAUUACCAUAUGACCCAGCAAUCCCACUCCUGGGCAGAUAACCAGAGAAAACCGUGAUUCAAAAUGACACACGCACCCCAAUGUUCAUUUCAGCACUAUUUACGAUAGCCAGGACAUGGAAGCAACCUAAAUGCCCAUCGACAAAUGAAUGGAUAAAGAAGAUGUGGUGCAUAUAUACAAUGGAAUAUUACUCAGCCAGAAAAAGUCAUUUGUAGAGACCUGGAUACAUCAUUUGUAGAGACCUGGAUGGAUCUAGAGACUGUCCUUAUUUUGAACAUUAGUAAGUAGAGAAAAAUGAUGUAUUUUUCUUGCCUUUCCUGUACAAACUGGAUAUCAAGGUGAUAAAAUAAUUGAAAGAAAAAUGGUAAUAAAUGUAGAAAGGAACAAUAGAGAAAGAAUCAGGUUGAGGUAAGGGGGUUGUUGUAGGGUAAGACAGUGUGUUUUAUCAGUUAGAGUUACACAUUGAAGAUUUUAAGGCUGCAAUUACAUGAUUGCUGAGAUUUGCUUUUAGAAUAUUCCCCCCAGAGGAAAAAUAGUAUGUGGGAUAAAUACACGAUGCAAGAUGCUAAUACAUGUUGAAACUGAUGAUGAAUGCUUGUGGAGACUCAUUGUAUUACUCUCUCUGCUUUCAUUUUAAGGUUGAAAUUUUCCAGAAUAAGAAGUUCAAAUAUACAUGGAGAGAGUUUAUCUUACAUAUGGCCAAAUUUUCUGCUGGAAACAUUAUUUUAUAAUCAGAAAGGAAGUGCCUGAGAUACCUGUUCAGUAUCUGAGACAUACAGAUUCUCACGCCCCACUGCAGACUUACUGGAUCAGAAUCCAAAGACGAGACAUAAAAAAGACUGCUUUCUUCCCACUUCCCCUAUGCAUCCACUGCAGCCCAGCACAAACCUGCACCCAGCGGUGAGAUUAGAUCACCCUACAGGCCUCAUCCUGAGAGCCUAGGGCUCUUAGCCAUCCCUAGACUGCGCUACCUGUAGUUCUGAGAAGAGUUUCAGCACAGUGGUUGGCGGGCGGUGCAGGGAGUCAAGCUACAGAGUGUGGAGGGGCCAGUACCCAUAAGGGACAGGAUACAGGGACAGGAACUUCUGCCUGGACACGGUAGCAUGAGGGCAAGAAGGCAUCAAUAGACCUUUCCAGGAUGAGAGAGACCUGGGCAUAUUUUAACGCUGAGGGCAAAAGCUGGUGGAGGGAAAGACUGAAGAUAGGAGACCAAUACUGGGGGCUCCAGCCCCACGAUGGCAGGAGAGCAGGGAGACCCCAGUGGGAGAGGUUGUGUUUGGAGCAGGAGGGAUGAGACAGCACUGGGCUAAGGAUGUGCAGGUUGUAAGAGGGACACCCAUGAUGAUCUAGAGCUCGUCCAGUGCAAUAGCCGUGAGCCACAAGAGCUGCUGAGCACUGGAAACGUGGCUGGUCUGAACUGAAACGUGCUGUGAAAAUAUAAUACACAAUGGACUUUGAAAAUGUAGUAAAAAGAAAACCAGUGCCAAAUAUCUAAAUCAUUUAUAACACUGAUUACAUGUCAGAUUGAUAGUAUUUUGAAUAUAUUACAGUAUAUUAUUAAAAUGGAUUUUAUCUGUU